CAGGCCGGCCUGCACAAGUAUGAUGUAUACAUCCAUCGAUCGAUCGAUCGUUAGCAGAGAGAUGGGGCUGAGCCAUCACCCGCGGAUUAAUUCAAUGGAGUUUUUGUUAAGUUACCCAAGCCACCGACGACAUGCCAUCUCGCUCCUGCUCGUUGAUAAAUUGCCUCACUUCUUCUUCCAGCUGGUAUUCUAAUUUUCGCCCUUUAAUCAGCUCCAUCGAUGGAGCUCCCCAACUCUAUGCUCCUGGCUCUGUUCCUCGCGAUCACCUGCUCCGUCGCAGCUGCGUAUGAUCCGCUGGACCCGACGGGCAACAUUACGAUCAAGUGGGACAUCCAGUCAUGGACGCCGGACGGGUACGUGGCGAUGGUGGCGAUGAACAACUACCAGCAGUACCGUCAGAUCAUGGCGCCGGGGUGGACGCUGGGGUGGUCGUGGGCCAAGAAGGAGGUGAUCUGGUCCAUCGUGGGCGCGCAGGCCACGGAGCAGGGCGACUGCUCCAAGUUCAAGGGCGGCAUCCCGCACUGCUGCAAGCACACGCCCUCCGUCGUCGACCUCCUCCCCGGCGUGCCCUACAACCAGCAGAUCGCCAACUGCUGCCGCGGCGGCGUCGUCUCCGCCUACGGCCAGGACCCGGCCGGCGCGCUCUCGGCGUUCCAGGUCUCCGUGGGGCUCGCCGGCACCACCAACAAGACGGUGAAGCUGCCCAAAAACUUCACGCUCAUGGGGCCCGGGCUCGGCUACACCUGCGGCCCCGCCACCGUCGUCCCCUCCACCGUGUACUGGAGCGCCGACCACCGCCGCAAGACGCAGGCGCUGAUGACCUGGACGGUGACCUGCACCUACUCGCAGCAGCUGGCGUCGAGGUACCCGACGUGCUGCGUCUCCUUCUCCUCCUUCUACAACAGCACGAUCGUGCCGUGCGCCCGGUGCGCGUGCGGCUGCGGCGCGCACAAGAGCACGGGCGGGCGCGGCGGCAAGAGCCACAGCGACGGGUGCAUCGCCGGCGACUCCAAGCGCGCGCUGACCCCCGGGGUGAACACGCCCAAGAAGGACGGGGCGCAGCUGCUGCAGUGCACCAACCACAUGUGCCCCAUCCGCGUGCACUGGCACGUCAAGCUCAACUACAAGGACUACUGGCGCGCCAAGAUCGCCGUCACCAACUUCAACUACCGCAUGAACUACACGCAGUGGACGCUCGUCGCUCAGCACCCGAACCUCAACAACGUCACGGAGGUCUUCAGCUUCCAGUACAAGCCGCUCCUGCCAUACGGCAACAUCAACGACACCGGCAUGUUCUACGGCCUCAAGCUCUACAACGACCUGCUCAUGGAGGCCGGCCCGUUCGGCAACGUGCAGUCGGAGGUGCUCAUGCGCAAGGACGACGCCACCUUCACCUUCGGUCAGGGAUGGGCUUUCCCGCGCAAGAUCUACUUCAACGGCGAUGAGUGCAAGAUGCCGCCGCCGGACUCGUACCCGUACCUGCCCAACUCCGCGCCGCCGCGUUCUUCCAUCAUCACCGCUGCUGCCUCAACGUGCCUGGUGUUGCUGCUCCUGCUCCUGGCGGCGUGAUCUAUAUAUCCUGGUGCCACAAUUUUCCCAUUUUGUAAAAGACAACGCACUGUUGUAGGUAGGGGCAUUUUGGUCUUGCGAGUAUUUUACCUUGUACACCAAGAUGGUAUGUUCAAGUGAUUUCAUGGUAAUCCUUAAGGGAAACGUUACCUUCCA